CGCGAUAAACUUAAUCACAAACUUGAAGAGGCCUUUACACAUUCUCUCCAAGCAACUCAAGUUUCGGACAGAAAAUACAUCGCAGAGAACAAUAAACUACAAUAUGGCAAGGCUAGUACAGCAUCCUACUAAAUACACGCCAGAAGAAUGGCAUCGCUCGAAUCAUCUGAAUUACAACAGUGCAGAAAGAGAAAGAAAAUCAGCGGAAAUGAUACGCGACGAAAGCAACAGGCUUAAACACGAAGUACAUAUCACCACAAUUAAGACACAAAGCGAUGUUAACAAGAAAUUAGAUCAACGGAUACAAGACAUCAACUUUUGGAAAUCUGAAAUCGACCGCCUACAUGGCGAAACCGACGAUGAAAUCAAUGCCUUGAUUCAAUACAAAGAACGACUCGAGAAGGCACUGGAUGGAACACAACUCCCCCUUCAUGUUGCGAAGCAGUGUCUAGCCAACAGAAAUGAAAGACUUCAAAUCGAUCUAGUUCACGAUGACGUUGAAAUUCAGCUUAUCAAGGAAGUAGAAGUCAUAGAGGGUGUUCAAGCACUUUUAAAGAAAACAUUGGACCAAGCUACAGAGCAAAUCAGAUUGCUUCGAUCAGCUAAGUAUUACUUAGGCAAAGAUAUCAAUGACAAGUUUACAGCUCUCUCAUUGGACAACAAAUGUGCCGACCUUCAGAAUGACAGUCCAGGUUUAUACUAUGCACCAAAGUCUGUCAAGAUUGAAACAAACUCUGUCACUCCAGAAGAAUGGGAAUCCUUCAGCAAUAAAAACUUUCUAAAGGCAGAGAGAGAAUGCAACUCAUCAAAAACUUUAAGGAGUAUGAUUGAUGAGAUUCUUCAAGAAGUUUACAAUGACCAGCAAAAGCAGUGUACCACUGUAAAUCUUGCUUUCAAGAAAAGAAUUGAAGAAACUGAAAAAGCCAAAACAAAGCUUGAAGAUCACCUCAAUAAGGUGCUUGAAGAAAUUAGAGAAAUGGAAGACAACGUUGCUAGCCUCGAGCAUGCUAUAGCUGAAAAAGAAGCUCCAAUGAAAGUAGCACAAACGCGACUGGACAACCGAACACUGCGCCCAAAUGUGGAAUUGUGCCGUGAUCGUGUCCAGUAUCGACUUGUGAAUGAAGUAGGGGAAAUCAGCUUCAACAUCGAGAGGCUGAGAGAAAUGCUUGCAGAAUCUGAAAACUCGCUAAAGGCACUUUGUCGCACGCAGCUAUCUCUGGAAGAGGAUAUCGAAAUCAAAGUUAAUUCCUUGUUCAUUGACAAAGAAAAGAAUAUGAAGUUGAGGCAACAAAUCAAUCACAAAUUAUUUUAAAAAUCGUUGGACGUUUGAUUAAUUAAUCUAGUAGAAUUAAUGGGUACCAUUUUUGUACUUGUGUGAAGAA